AAAAAAGAGUUUAAGAAAAUCAAAUGUGAUAAAGACAAAUACAGAGAAGGAAGAAACAUAAGCAUGGAGAUUUCUCCUCAUUGUUUGGUUUCUCUUCUUCUAACCCUUCUUUUGUCUGGACUCGCCUCGUCUCUCCACAUCUCUCUUGAUGAAUUUGAGUCACAUCCAGCCACAAGCCGAGCUCUUCUUCAGGCAAAGACACCAUGCAAGGAAGAUUUUGCGAGCAAGAAUUACACAAUUAUAACGAGCAAAUGCAAAGGACCAAAUUAUCCAGCCAAGGCAUGUUGCUCGGCCUUCAAGGACUUUGCUUGCCCAUUCGCGGAAGCUCUUAAUGACGAAAAGGCAGACUGUGCCUCUACAAUGUUUAGUUACAUCAAUAUCUAUGGUCGUUAUCCUCCCGGAAUAUUCGCAAACAUGUGCAAAGAAGGCAAAGAAGGGCUCGAUUGCUCCAACGUCACCGCUACCUCUUCUGCUCAUGCAUCACUCCCUCUUGUCUCCUCCACACACGCAAUGCUUAUCACCGUUCUCUUUUUUUACUUCUUCUGAAGACAUAUGUUACGCUAUGACAUGAGAUAUAUUAUAUAUGAUGAUUCCGUCGUUAUUAUAUAAUUAGUUGUUGAGUGACCGACCCAUUAAGUCGUUCUUGCAAAACCAUAGGUGAAAGUUUUCUUUCUUGUGUUACGCUCUCGUGAACUAUUUGUUUUUUUUUUCUCAAUAACAUGCAUAAUGAGGGGUUAAACCCAUAUGAUCUCGCACCAACAACACUAGUAUCAUCUGAAAUGCUGCAGAACCUAGUGGUCAUGAAACUAGGAUGUCAUAACAUGUGUAACUUUUGGUAACUAAUAAUGGGCUGAGUUAAUCUCCAAGGCCUUUUAUAUAAGAAGGCAUGAUUAUCAAGAACGACAAAUAGGAACAUGCCUCUUGGUGGUAUAUAAAGUUUUCCAGGGUGUUACAUAUUAACCGAAAGUUACUAUAAUGAGAUGAAAUUAAAAAAAAGGAGAUUUUUUGUUGUUUUUUUUAUCAAUUGGAGAAAAAAUAUGGCAAACUCUGACAAAUGAGAAUAAUGGAAAAGGUCACCGAUGAG